AUGCGUUUCUCCGUUGCUGCUUCUCUUGCUCUGGCCGCCGGCGCCUCUGCCACCAUCAUCAACCCCACCGGUGCCAGUGUCAUCACCGAGGUCGUCACCCAGUACACCACCUACUGCCCCGGCCCGACCACCAUCACCCACGGCACCAACACCUACACCGUGACUGAGGCCACCACCCUCACCAUCACCGACUGCCCAUGCACCGUCACCCGCCCAAUCAUCACCUCCACUGUCUCUGAGUGCAACGACUGCCCUGCUCCCUCUGGCACUGGUGUCAUUCCUCCUCCAGUCGAGCCCCCAGUCUACCCCAACGGCACUGCUCCCGCACCACCAGCUGGCACCGGCAACGUCCCCAGCUCCACCGUCCCAUCUCCUCCAGACUUCACGGGCGCUGCUUCCCGCAUGGUCGCUGGUGCCGGUGCUGCUCUUGCCGGUGUUCUCGGCGUUGCUUUCCUCUUGUAA